AUGUUUCAUCCCCAUGAAGCGAUCGUGAUCCACGAUACUACGACUCAUGGACCCACCCACAAGGAUGCCAUGGCUUCCGCCGUCAACGAUGCACCGGUGCCGUUGCUGCCCCAGCGGUGCACAGGCCAGGGGUGGACAGGACCAUUUCGGCUAUAG